AUGGCUGGUCCCUCCUCCCCCGGCAGUGAAGGGCCAUCCUUUGCGCCCCCGCCCCUCCCCGCGGGCUGGAUCGCCCAAUGGGACGCGUCUUCCAGAAAGUAUUACUUUGUGCAGUUGUCGACCGGCGCCUCACAGUGGGAGACGCCCACCGAAGCCGCACCCGUUGGCGGCACCCCUGCCGCCCGCGCCGAGCACCCUUACGGCGUCCCUCAUAAGACUGGCGACAACGGCGCUGAGAUCAUUGUGCAUCCCGACGGAAGCCAGACGGCUAGGUAUCCUGAUGGCAGGCUCGAGCCUGUGCAUCCUAGGGAGGAUGGGUCGGCAGGAGCAGGGACAAGGGGUGUCGGUGGAGGGAGCGGGGAUAGGAGCCUUGGGUCGCUCCUGGGGGGGGUCCUCGGCGGUAAGCCCCCUGGUGGAUCCCAUGGCAGCGGCGGCGGCGUCGGCGGUUUGGCCGGCUCGCUCGCUUCUGGACUUCUCUCCUCGGGCCACGGCAGCAGCGGGCACGGCGGUAGCCACGGCGCAAGCGGCGGCAUAGGUGGAAAGCUUGCGUCGUCGCUGGCUGGCAACCUGUUCGGAUCCAAGCCCUCUUCGCAAUCCCAGAACUACCACGGCGGUCAGACAUCUGGCCACUCUGCAGGCGGCCUGGGAGGCCUCGUUGGCGGAGUCGCAAGCAUGUUGGGCGGCAAGCCCCACGGCUCGGUAGGCCAGCACCAGCCUCCACAUGCGCAGUACCCCGCUCAGUACGGCUCCCCGGCUGGUCACCAGCCACCGCACGCCUAUGGCCAGAACUCAUACGCGCCUCCUCCCCCCGGCGGCGCCGCCGCGCAGCAACAUAACUAUGGCGUCCCACCCCCAAUCCCCUCGCCCUACGGCCAGCCCCACGGCGGCAGCCAGCCGCAGUACGGCCAGCAGCCACAGUAUGCCGGCGUCGCGGCAGCCUCGUACCAGGCUCCGCCUCCGCCCGGCGGCCACUCGCCCUACCCUCUCCAGCCGCAGUAUGCCGGCGGCGCGCCGCACCAGCAGCAGCAUCAGCAGCAGCAGCAGGGCUAUGGAGGCGCUGGCCAGUACCACCACUAG